UGCGUUGCAGUUUGAUUGGUGCUCGUCAGCGGCUAAACGCAGUUUCAUGAUGGGGUUGAUUCAGAGCGUGUUUACUGCAGAGGCCGGCUAUCACGUGCACGGGAUUCAGGACAAUUCACCAGCACAGAGAGCCGGACUGGAGCCCUUCUUUGAUUUCAUUUUAUCUGUUGGACACACAAGGCUGAAUAAGGAGAGCGAUAUGCUGAAAGAUCUUCUGAAGGCAAACAUUGAGAAGCCUGUGAGGUUGGAGGUCUACAGCAGUAAAAUGAUGAAGAUCAGAGAGUUGGAGGUCAUUCCCAGUAACAUGUGGGGUGGUCAGGGAUUACUGGGGGCAAGCGUUCGAUUCUGUACAUUUCAUGGAGCAAAUCACAACGUCUGGCAUGUUUUGGAUAUGGAACCGAAUUCACCCGCUGCAUUGGCUGGACUGAAGCCGUAUUCUGAUUAUAUUGUUGGUGCGGAUCAGGUGCUACAGGACUCUGAAGAUUUCUUUUCGCUGAUAGAGGCGUCGGAGGGGAAACCAUUGAAACUUCUGGUGUAUAACACACAGACUGACGGCUGCAGGGAAAUUCACAUUACUCCUAAUGGAGCGUGGGGCGGUGAGGGAAGUCUUGGUUGUGGUAUUGGGUUCGGCUACCUUCAUCGCAUCCCCACACGACCCCUCGCAUCAAGACAACAGGACACUGAUACAACAUCUGAAACUAUAGAGACCUUUAUAGAGAAUUCCUCAGAUGUUUCUGGCUGUGAUGAGACACUGGUGGACGUUUCUGAUGGACUUCAGACCAACAUUGAAGUUUCAACAGUAUUGGAGAAACAAUGUGACAAAGCUUCUGUCACUGACAUGUUUGAGACGACAUCUGUAGAUCUCUCUGGAGUGUUGGAUUUAUCAUUGUGCUCUACAGAGCGUUCUGCCUGCUCUUUGUUAGUGGAUGAUGAUGAUGAUGCUGGACUUUACAGUAGUGAGGAUCUAUCUGUCAUGAGUCGGUCUGAAAACAGCACGCUCAACAUGGGAAAAGACGUCCAGAUGAAUGACUCUGGGAUUUAUGGUGUUGAAACAGGACCUGUAAUUUUAAAUAUGGAAGAAAGGUGUAAUGAGAUUAAAACAUUUCAACAUUGACAUCAAAUCCAGCUAGAAACCAUCAUUACACAUGCAUGGCCAUACAGAACAUCUGUUAAAGAAGUACUGACAGAGAUAAAUGAAGACACUUAAAGCAGCAUUUAUUUAUCGUGAAAGUGUUGACAAUGCAACAUUACACAGAAAAUGAUGCAGUAUUCAUUCAGAGAGUGACUUUAUAUUUGUUGACACGCACGCAGAAUAAUGACAUUUUAUAGAGUAAUGGCAUUGGCAAGCAAACUGUAUAUUCACCUGCUUUAGUGUGAAUCUCAUGAAAACAUCCCAGGUCACCUUUCACCCUGAUAUGAAAAUAAAUGAUAUUUUGCAUAAAAAAACUUUUAGGAACCCAUGAAAUCAAAAUAGUGAACACUUGUUGCUUAUCUGUGUUUUGCUUUACAUUGACAAAAUUUACUUUUAGAUGAUUUUGCAAGUCUUUUUUUUGUAAGUCACAAUUUGCUACCAGCUUUGUCUUGAUGCAGAGAAUAAUAAACACAAAGCUUUAUUUUCUUUAUGCAAAAUAUGUGUAAAGGUUUUGUGAGAUUCACUCUUUCACAGCUAUCAGUUUAUCACAUGGUCUCCUGUUCAUCUCAGUAUUGUGUUAGCAGUGUAAAAGACCUGAACCCAGGGAAGACACUUGCUGAUACAAAUGUAUAUCUUGUAGUGCAUUGUAAGUUGCUUUGGAUAAAGUGUGUUUGCUAAAUGCAUAAAUGUAAAUGUACACAGCCACAUGUCACAUCUGAAGAAGGUGAUCUCUCUCAGGGAGGAGACAGUUGACAUUUUAGACACAAUGGAGCUUAAAGCCAAAAUAAUGAACAGAUGAGCAAAUAAGCUCUGUCUCACAUGUAAAUGUUUAUGUUUGUCACACAUUACUUUACAUCUGCAUUUCACCCAUCAAUCACAUUUGAUCUGUAAUCACAGUGUUGGGUGUAACUAGUUACUAAGUAAUUAUUAAGUUACUAAGUAAUUAGUUACUGUAAUUUAACUACUUUUUCCUUAAAAAGUAAAGUAUGGGAUUGCUCUUAUUUCCCUUGUAAUAUAUUUAGUGUUACUUGUGAUGUAACUGAAUACUGUUUAUGGACUGUAGAUCAAUGAUAUAUAACACAAUAGUGGAUUUAACAUCCAAAUUUUUUAUUAAUAUUUAAUAAAUGCCUGCUUAUGCAAAACCUUAUUCUACAUCCUUAAUCCUACAAUACUUAAAACUUAAUAACUACUUUACUACGUAUUAAUAAACAGUAAAUAGGAGUAUAUUGAGCCAAAAGUAAUUAAUAGUGAGAAUGGGACUGAAAAAAAGUGUAACCAGAAUAAUUGAUGUAUUUUUAUAUGAUUUAUUAGUUUCAAGCCUAUCUUUGUAUCAUUUACUAAAUAGGAUUUAAAAGUAAUUAGUGAUAAAUAAUUAAAUACUUCAUUUGUACAGUAAUCUAAUUAAACAAUUCAAGAUUAGUAACUAGUAAGUAAUUACUUUUUUUGAGUAACUUACCCAACACUGUUUACUCAACACUUACCUGUACCAUGAUGACUUCUAUAAACAAUGUUUUCAGCUUCUGAAAAUGACAAAUAAACAGACGUUUCAUACAGAAAAGUGUUUAGGCAACCUGUCGAUUGUUUUAAGGACUAUAUUCAUGUAAGAUUGAAAGGCAUGUCGUGUUUAAUGUGACACCUGUUAUUUAUAUUAAUUGUAUGUAUAUCGCAUUUUCUGUGGUUUCUUUUCAUGUAAAGCUGCUUUGAAACAAUGUUACAUUGUAAAAAAGCCUUAUAUAUUAAUACAUUAAACGUGAAAUGUAAAGUUUAGCUGCAAAUUAAAGUGCUAUUGCAAAAAUAUCAACCUACACUUAUUUGACCAAGAAAAUUCUGCUGGAGACAUCUUCACACCACAGUCAUAUAAUAUAUGGAUUAAUAUUUAAUAAAUGUCAGCUAUGCAAACUGCUUCUGAGACUUUUUUAAUGACAUUUCAAUUUUUCUAUUUUAUAUAAACUUGUGAAAAUGAAACUGUUAGAAGUGCUAGAUCAAUGGCUCAUGAGAGAUGCACGUAUUAGAAAAAUAUGAACAUAUUUUAGUUAAUAUAUACCAUUGCAGGGCACUGUCUGACAUAAUUCAACUUCCAAUCUGGUGUUAUUUAUGAUCAAUGAUGUAAAAUAAUCAUUAAUAUUCAAAUGUGCAUGUAACAGCAGACACACUUACUGGAAGAAACCAAGUCACCAACAUCUCCCUGUCUGGAAAA